UGAAUUCGUCACGCUCGGGAGGAAAUGCGCGUUCACCAUAUUGUCCAUUGUAAAGUCAAAAUGCGAGAUUUAAUUCAAGUCUUUGUCCCAAGCUUCUCCUCACGCCAUCGUUACAAAACUGACCAAAUCCACGGACUUUUCAUUUCUUAAUUCUGCCUCUCCUCUGAUCUUCCUCGAAAUCGUUUCUUUUCUUGGUUCACUAGGGGUGGAUACUCUCCUGGGUAUUUCUCAUUUCCUGUAAAGAUUUCACAUUUAGUUGAACGCGCCAUUCUUUCCCUCGUUAAAUUACUGAGUUUUUGAGAGCUUUUCUGUCGUUCAAUAUCUAUUCUCUCUCUCUCUCUCACUCUCUCUCUCUCUAUACAUAAAUACAUAUAUUUUUUUGCUUGGGUGAUUCAGCUAUAGGGGGCUUCUAAGGCAACGUAGUUGUACUCAGAGAGGCUGUAACGGAUCUCGUCCUUAAAAGGAGCUACUUUAAAUUAACAAGCACUCCGAAUAUCUUGCUUGCUUCGAGGUUUUUUAAGAAUUGUUGUUUUGACAGUUGAUUUUGAUACUUUCAGUUGAGACCGGCUUUUGGAGAGAGCAAAACAAGUUCAUUUUACUGGGUUCAUCUACCUCUUGAUAGUCAAUUCAUCUUUUUUUUUUUUUUAAUACAAGCGAGGUGAGGAAAAAAUGAGGGAUGAAAGAAGAAGAAGAAAGCUGCGUCUCAGCAAGAUCUAUUCAUUCACCUGUGGGAGAUCAUCAUUCAAAGAAGAUUAUUCAAAUAUUGGAGGAAGAGGCUAUUCGAGGGUUGUCUUCUGCAAUGAACCGAACAGCCCUGAGGCUGCAAUUCAGAAUUAUCCAGAUAAUUCUGUCAGUUCUACUAAAUAUACUCUCGCUACUUUCCUGCCUAAGUCACUGUUUGAACAGUUUAGGAGAGUGGCUAAUUUUUAUUUUUUAGUCACUGGUGUCUUAUCCUUCACCAAACUUGCCCCCUAUUCGGCUGUUAGUGCUAUUAUUCCUCUGAUAAUCGUCAUUGGUGCAACCAUGGUGAAGGAAGGUAUUGAAGAUUGGCGUCGCAAAAAGCAGGAUAUUGAGGUGAACAAUAGGAAAGUUCAAGUGCAUAAAGGUGAUGGUGUUUUCGAAUAUACCCAGUGGAAGAAUUUGAUGGUAGGGGAUAUUGUGAAGGUGGAGAAGGAUGAAUUCUUUCCAGCGGACCUUCUGUUGCUUUCAUCCAGCUAUGAUGAUGCUAUCUGUUAUGUUGAGACCAUGAAUUUGGAUGGAGAGACAAAUUUGAAGUUGAAACAAGGAUUGGAGGUAACUUCUUACUUGCAAGAGGGUUUUAACUUCAGGUAUUUUAAAGGGACCGUAAAAUGUGAAGAUCCAAAUGCAAAUUUAUACUCUUUUAUUGGUAGCUUGGAUUUUAAGGAGCUUCAAUAUCCUCUUUCUCCUCAGCAACUUCUUUUGAGAGACUCUAAACUCCGAAAUACAUCUUACAUAUUUGGAGCUGUUAUUUUCACUGGUCACGACACUAAAGUAAUACAAAAUUCUACUGCUCCCCCUUCAAAGAGAAGUAGGAUCGAGAAGAAGAUGGACAAAGUGAUAUAUUUCAUGUUCUGUUUGCUAUUGCUAUUGUCAUCUGUUGGAUCCGUUGUCUUUGGCAUCACAACAAAAGAUGACUUGAAGAAUGGAUUGAUGAAAAGGUGGUAUCUAAGGCCAGAUAGUUCCACAAUUUUCUUUGAUCCAAAAAGAUCAGCAGCAGCUGCAAUAUAUCAUUCCUUAACAGCCUUAAUGUUGUAUAGCUACUUCAUUCCAAUCUCCUUGUACGUGUCAAUAGAAAUUGUGAAAGUCCUUCAGAGCAUCUUCAUCAAUCAAGAUAUCCAUAUGUACUAUGAAGAGGCAGACAAGCCUGCUCAUGCCCGUACUUCAAACUUGAAUGAAGAACUUGGCCAGGUUGACACAAUACUUUCUGAUAAAACUGGCACUCUGACCUGCAACUCAAUGGAGUUCAUUAAAUGUUCAGUUGCUGGGGUGGCUUAUGGACGUGGUAUUACAGAGGUUGAGAAGUCUAUGGGUAGAAGAAAAGGCUCGCCAUUGAUCCAUGAACAGGUUAAUGGCAUAGAAUUAGAUGAAAUCAGGGAUUCUACUGAUGCCAAAACGCCCAUCAAAGGUUUUAAUUUUUCAGACGAAAGGAUAACGAAUGGCAAAUGGGUUAAUGAGCCAAAUGCUGAUAUUAUCCAAAAGUUUUUCCGCUUAUUGGCAAUCUGUCAUACAGCCAUACCUGAAGUGGACGAGGACACAGGAAAAGUCUCGUAUGAGGCUGAAUCUCCAGAUGAAGCAGCAUUUGUUAUUGCAGCUAGAGAACUUGGCUUUGAGUUCUACAAAAGGACUCAGACUAGUGUGUCAAUUCAUGAGUUGGAUCUAGUUUCUGGCAAGAAAGUUGAAAGGGUCUACAAACUUCUCAAUGUUUUAGAAUUUAAUAGCGCAAGGAAGCGAAUGUCAGUUAUAGUGAAAGAUGAAGAGGGAAAAAUUUUGCUACUCAGUAAAGGCGCUGACAGUGUCAUGUUUGAAAGGCUUGCCAAGAGUGGGAGAGAGUUUGAAGAGAAAACCAUGAAGCAUGUGCAUGAAUAUGCUGAUGCAGGUCUUAGGACCCUCAUACUAGCCUAUCGUGAACUAGAUGAAGAAGAAUAUAAGGAGUUUGAUGAGAAAUUUUCUGAAGCCAAAAACUCAGUCAGUGCAGAUAAGGAAACGCUAAUUGGUGAAGUAUCAGAUAACGUUGAGAGGAAUCUAAUCCUCCUUGGUGCCACUGCAGUAGAGGACAAACUCCAGAAUGGCGUUCCUGAUUGCAUCGAUAAGCUUGCUCAAGCAGGAAUUAAAAUUUGGGUUUUGACUGGGGAUAAAAUGGAGACUGCCAUCAAUAUUGGUUUUGCUUGUAGUUUGCUUAGACAAGGAAUGAAGCAGAUUAUCAUUCAUCUGGAGACUCCAGAAAUUCAAACAUUGGAGAAGGAGGGGGACAAAAUUUCCAUUGCCAAGGCAUCAAGAGAAAGUGUCCGCCACCAGAUAUCUGAAGGCCGAGCCCAGCUUGCUGGAUCCAGUGGGACCUCUCAGCAAGCAUUUGCUCUGAUUAUUGAUGGAAAAUCUCUUGUUUAUGCUCUAGAGGAUGAAAUGAAGAACAUGUUUCUGGACCUUGCAAUUAGCUGUGCAUCUGUUAUCUGCUGUCGCUCCUCGCCCAAGCAGAAGGCAUUGGUCACGAGACUGGUUAAAUCUGGCACUGGAAAAACUACAUUAGCUAUUGGUGAUGGAGCUAAUGAUGUGGGGAUGCUUCAAGAGGCAGAUAUAGGGAUUGGAAUCAGUGGCGUUGAAGGAAUGCAGGCUGUUAUGUCUAGUGAUGUUGCAAUUGCACAGUUCAGAUAUUUGGAACGGUUACUACUUGUGCAUGGACAUUGGUGUUAUAGAAGGAUAUCAUUGAUGAUAUGUUACUUUUUCUACAAGAACAUCACGUUUGGCUUCCCUCUGUUCUUAUAUGAGGUGUAUUCUUCAUUCUCUGCACAACCUGCAUACAAUGACUGGUUUUUGUCUCUCUAUAAUGUCUUCUUCUCUUCACUUCCUGUGAUUGCCCUCGGUGUAUUUGACCAGGAUGUCUCUGGCCGGUACUGUCUUAAGUUUCCUUUGCUUUAUCAAGAAGGAGUAGAGAAUAUGCUCUUCAGUUGGCGCCGUAUAUUCAGUUGGAUGCUAAAUGGAUUCAUUAGUGCCAUCAUAAUCUUCUUCUUUUGCACAAAAGCAAUGGAGCUUCAGGCCUUUGACAAGGAUGGAAGAACUGCCGGGAGAGACAUCCUUGGAGCAACAAUGUAUACCUGUGUUGUGUGGGUUGUGAACUUGCAGAUGGCACUUGCCAUAAGCUACUUCACCUGGAUACAGCAUAUUUUCAUCUGGGGUUCCAUAGCUUUUUGGUAUAUUUUCCUGAUGAUAUAUGGAGCAAUGACUCCUUCAUUUUCCACAAAUGCUUACAAAGUCUUCCUUGAAACUCUUGCUCCCUCGGUUUCCUUUUGGCUCGUGACAUUCUUCGUGGUCAUCUCAACUCUCACACCAUACUUCUCAUACACAGCAAUGCAGAGGAGGUUCUUCCCAUUGUAUCAUGAAAUGGUCCAGUGGGUCAGGUAUGAAGGGAAGACCAAUGAUCCUGAGUAUUGUGACAUGGUGAGGCAGAGAUCGUUGCGGCCAACAACCGUGGGAUCAACAGCCCGCUUAGCAGCUAGAAACAGAACUUCUAACCAUAGAUGAUAUGCUUUUGCGCCAUCUUGUUUUCAGGUGUCAAAUGCUGAAGUUUGUGUUCAUCAGCAUAUAAAACUUAGGUGAAAUUCUUCCCUUAUCUGCUAUUAGAUUCUUCUGAAAAAAAAAAUAUGAUAUGUGGAUGAAUGAGUCAAUGUUACAAGAGUUAAUCAGCUUGUAGAAAUAAUAUCCGUGUAUCCUAUUUUUUAUUAGAGAAUCUGAUUAAAAAAAGGUUGCACCUAAGUUUUGUCCAGAGAAAAGUAUAGUUGGACGGAAGAAGUAGACUGUAUAUUUAUCCCCCUUUUCCAUGUCGGCUGUUUAGCAUUUGAUUUUUUCAUUCAACAUUUUGUAUCAUAAGAUUCUUAAUGUAUAGAGAAGCAUAUAAAGUCUGUGUAGAAUUGAAUAGAGUUGCUUUUAGCUGGAGAAACAGAGCAGAGUACUGCUGUUCUUGUACUUCCAUUUUUGUUUA